GUCAGAAGCAGGCAGAUGGAAACGUAGGCAAGUGGAUCGGGGUGAGGUCAUGUAUUUUUAAGGCGCACAACGGAAUAAAACCGCUUUGCACCGGCGGCAUAGACGCAUAGUCCCGCUGCUCCGGAACAUUGCAUCGCACCGGCUGCGGGUUUUUUUUUUCUCUCCACAUUUCAGCACCGAGAGGACGUUUUUGGAUGCACAAAGAGCAGUGAUCGAAGAUUUUGCCAUGAACAAAAACAAGAAAGAGCGAGAGUUCUACAGCCUCGAUGUAGGGGACUCAACCUUUACAGUAUUGAAACGAUACCAGAACCUAAGACCCAUCGGCUCGGGGGCGCAGGGCAUCGUCUGCUCAGCCUAUGACCAAGUCCUUGAGAGAAACGUCGCCAUCAAGAAGCUGAGUCGGCCAUUUCAGAACCAGACUCAUGCCAAGAGGGCGUUCAGGGAGCUGGUGCUCAUGAAAUGUGUCAAUCACAAAAAUAUCAUCGGCCUGUUAAAUGUUUUCACACCCCAAAAAUCCCUAGAAGAGUUCCAGGAUGUAUACUUGGUGAUGGAGCUGAUGGACGCCAACCUUUGUCAGGUCAUUCAGAUGGAGCUCGACCACGAGAGGCUGUCUUAUCUGCUCUAUCAGAUGUUGUGUGGUAUCAAACACCUCCACGCCGCCGGCAUCAUUCACAGGGACCUGAAACCCAGCAACAUUGUCGUCAAGUCAGAUUGCACACUGAAGAUUUUGGACUUCGGCUUGGCUAGAACAGCCGCCACGGGCCUCCUGAUGACUCCCUACGUGGUGACGCGCUACUACAGAGCACCAGAAGUCAUCUUGGGCAUGGGCUACCAAGCCAACGUGGACAUUUGGUCUGUGGGCUGCAUACUGGCUGAAAUGGUUCGCCAUAAAAUCCUUUUCCCUGGACGGGAUUACAUUGAUCAGUGGAACAAAGUCAUCGAGCAGCUCGGCACGCCAACUCAGGACUUUCUCAUGAAACUCAACCAGUCAGUAAGAACAUACGUGGAAAACCGGCCGCGCUACGCUGGAUACAGCUUUGAGAAACUCUUCCCGGACGUUCUCUUCCCUGCCGAUUCCGACCACAACAAACUGAAAGCAAGCCAGGCAAGAGAUCUUUUAUCCAAGAUGUUAGUGAUCGAUGCCUCCAAGCGCAUAUCUGUUGACGAGGCCCUGCAGCAUCCCUAUAUCAACGUUUGGUAUGACCCAGCCGAAGUGGAGGCGCCCCCGCCCAAGGUUCUUGACAAGCAGCUGGAUGAGAGGGAGCAUACUGUGGAGGAGUGGAAAGGGCUGAUCUAUAAGGAAGUCAGCGACUGGGAGGAAUGGACGAAAAAUGGAGUCAUCAGAGGACAGCCGUCUCCUCUAGGUGCAGCAGUGAUCGACAGCCCCCCUCAACCCUCUGCCUCCUCCUCCUCCUCCUCUUCUUCAGCCAAUGAUGUGUCGUCCAUGUCCACAGAGCCCACGGUGACCUCUGAAACAGACAGCAAUUUGGACAGCCACACCACUCUCGGGGCUCUGGCUUGUUGCAGAUAACACACACACGCACACACACACACGCACACACACACACUUACUCAACUGUAACCUAUCCUCAUCAGUGCACCUUAUAUAGUGUUUGAGAUGGGAUAGUUCUCAUGUUAGUUUGUAGAGCUGCGCUUUUACUGUACAGUUUGUUGUUAUUGCCCUCAAUACUACUGUAAAUGUUUUGAAAUUGUACCAUUAUUAUUAUUAUUAUUAUUAUUGUAUUUUUGCUGCAAAGAAUCAAGAGUAUGUUUUGAUGUGAACCUUGUAACGAGAGGGAAGCAUUAGAAUGAAUUUCAACAUCAACCUUUUUUAGCUGCAGCUACACAGUAACCACUGUUAGCACCACACUGUUAUUUUUUAAAAUAUCUUCUUAAAAUGCUGAUACAGCAUUGGGGUGACGUUUUGAAUGACUUCACCAUCCAGUAGAUUUUAUUAUGAAUGUUACAAUGCAUACCUGUAGAGAGUUUUCCUCCAUGUUGGCGUAUUUUCACAUAUGUUGGAUGUCACAAGUUUCCCUGUAAGACUCACUUUUUUAACUGUAAUUUCUCGGUUAAACAACAGGGUGAAUGUACGCAAAAAGACAAAUAAGGCCAACACGCUGGCGCCGAAAGUAGGAACAAUGCAAACAUUUUAAUCUAAGCAAGGUUAAUUACCUGAAACCUUGGUCAGACGUACUUAUUUAAACAACUUUCUUAUCAUAUUUAAUCCAUCCAUCCAUUUUCUACCGCUUGUCCCUCGCGGGGACGCGGGGGUGCUGAAGGAUGAACUAAAAUUUGAGCUGUACCUCUUAAAAUAAACAAUCUUUUAAUGUGCCAAAAUGCAAAUUUGUCACGUCAGAUUUUCCUGUUCUGUUGGCCGAUUAUUUUCAAUUUGGAUUUUAUAACGGUGAAAAAAAUGAGGGCAUUCCCUUAUAAAAUGCUUCGUAAUACAUGCUUGUACUCAUGGAAUACACACAUCCUCAGUUUUAUGAUAAUAAAUUAAAAGGGUAAUUACAAAACCCAAAACCAGUGAAGUUGGCACGUCGUUGAAAUCGCAAAUAAAAACAAAACACAACGAUUUGCAAAUCCUUUUCAACUUAUAUUCAAUUGAGUAGACCGCAAAGACAAGAUACUUAACGUUCGAACUGGUGAACGUUGUUAUUUUUUGCAAAUAUUAGCUCAUUUGGAAUUUGAUGCCUGCAACAUGUUUCAAAAAGCUGGCACAAGUGGCAAAAAAGACUGAGAAAAAAACACUUAUUUGGAACAGGCUAAUUGGGAACAGGUGGGUGCCGUGAUUGGGUAUAAAAGCAGCUUCCAUGAAAUGCUCAGUCAUUCACAAACAAGGAUGGGGCGAGGGUCACCACUUUGUGAACAAAUGCGUGAGCAAAUUGUCGAACAGUUUAAGAACAACAUUUCUCAACCAGCUAUUGCAAGGAAUUUAGGGAUUUCACCAUUUACGGUCCGUAAUAUCAUCAAAAGGUUCAGAGAAUCUGGAGAAAUCACUGCACGUAAGCGGCUAAGCCUGUGACCUUCGAUCCCUCAGGCGGUACUGCAUCAAAAAGCCACAUCCGUGUGUAAAGGAUAUCACCACAUGGGCUCAGGAACACUUCAGAAAACCACUGUCAGUAACCACAGUUCGUCGCUACAUCUGUAAGUGCAAGUUAAAACUCCACUAUCCAUUUAUCAACAACACCCAGAAACGCCGCCGGCUUCGCUGGGCCCGAGCUCAUCUAAGAUGGACUGAUGCAAAGUGGAAAAGUGUUCUGUGGUCUGACGAGUCCACAUUUCAAAUUGUUUUUGGAAACUGUGGACGUCGUGUCCUCCGGACCAAAGAGGAAAAGAACCAUUCGGAUUGUUCUAAGCGCAAAGUUGAAAAGCCAGCAUGUGUGAUGGUAUGGGGGUGUAUUAGUGCCCAAGACAUGGGUAACUUACACAUCUGUGAAGGUGCCAUUAAUGCUGAAAUGUACAUACAGUUUUUCGAGCAACAUAUGUUGCCAUCCAAGCAACGUUAUCAUGGACGCCCCUGCUUAUUUCAGCAAGACAAUGCCAAGCCACGUGUUACAACAGCGUGGCUUUGUAGUAAAAGAGUGUGGGUACUAGACUGGCCUGCAUGUAGUCCAGACCUGUCUCCCAUUGAAAAUGUGUGGCGCAUUAUGAAACCUAAAAUACCACAACGGAGACCCCCGGACUGUUGAACAACUUAAGCUGUAGGAAAUAAUGCCACCUGAAAAGCUUAAAAAAUGUGUCUCCUCAGUUCCCAAACGUUUACUGAGUGUUGUUAAAAGGAAAGGCCAUGUAACACAGUGGUAAAAAUGCCCCUGUGCCAACUUUUUUGCAAUGUGUUGCUGCCAUUAAAUUCUAAGUUAAUGAUUAUUUGCAAAAAAAAAAUUAAGUUUCUCUGUUCAAACAUUAAAUAUCUUGUCUUUGCAGUCUAUUCAAUUGAAUAUAAGUUGACAUGGAUUUGCAAAUCAUUGUAUUCUGUUUUUAUUUACGAAUUACACAACGUGCCAACUUCACUGGUUUUGGGUUUUAUAGUUGCCAAGUCCCUCUGAUGGACCCCAUGUUGUAAAAACCGCCAUCAUGUGGUGUAUUUGUCAGAAAAGCAACAUAGAGGUGCGCGUUCAGACCAAUUUUCACCCUUUCGCUCGCAGCGCUUCAGUUAUAAUGGUCGGCACACACAAACAAACACAAUGACAAAAUGACGACAUGUUGUUUAAAAUUGUCAAAAAUAGGGUAAAAGGGUUUAAGGUAUUUAACCUUGUUUGCAUUUUAAUCGUAAUUUUAGCACCGAUUUGAACAUACGCUUUCAGACAUUGUUCAUAGAUGUCUGCUAUUUUAAGAUCUUUUAUUUAAGUGCCCUUACCUCGUUUCAAGUGAUUUUUAACUCCUCUCAAAGUUGAGUUCUACCUCACUAACACGCAUUUUUAAAGCUCCAGUAUGCAUAUCACUCAAAAAUGUUGAAUAUCUCCUUUUUGUCCUUGUAUAUAUUAUUUAUUUAUUUAUAUCAAAUGCAAAUGCAUUUGUUGUAUGUAAAAUGUACAUGUAGCUCAGAAGUUUUGAAUGCAUCCCCCCCCUGAAUUUGAUUGCAUUGUUUUCUGUGCAAUAUAGUUAGAUUUUAGAGUAGUCCAUACAAGGAGGUGUACAUUGUAGUGUAGAUGUCAGUUUGGGAGCUGCUCAACAAGCCGGUUCCAUUGGGAUUGUAUCGGAGGACUUCCCCCGCAUGUCCCGGUCAUUACAGUGAUCUUGUACGGGCACGCCACUCGUUCCCAGAAUGCACUUUGGGGAUUGUUGCGAUGCAUGUCCUCGCACUUUCUGGGCCAUAUUUCAAAUGACUGUUGUGGCCUCCUCUUUUUUUUUUUUGUGGGUUUCCUCUUCAAACAAAGAAUAGAAUAGUCCUCGUAUUGGAUUUAAAGUGCAGGAACCAGAAAGUCAAUUAGCGUAACUGGAUUGUAAAAUACUGACAAAGAUAUUAAAGCUGUUUUUUUUUUUGUUUUUUUUUGUUUUUUGAAUGAUCCUAACUUCAGUACAUUAAAAAAAGUUAACGUGUCCAUCUUCAACUCUGACAAAUAAAGGAGUUGAAUUUGAA